AUGCUGCUCCCGCACUCACAGGUUGAGGAAGUGUGGGUUCGGGUCCUGGGGGAUCCUGAAAGAGAGCAGAAGGGCCAACUUCGUGCAAGCCCAACAAGGGAGGUUGCCAACAAGCCUAGCGCAGCAAUCCCUCCUACAGUAGCACCCGCUAUAAGUCCUGCGGGAGUGGACUUGUGGUUCGAAGGUGUCGGAGUCGAACUGGAAGAGGUGCUUGUAAAAGUUGGGGGCCCUGGAAGAACGGGUUGUGGGGUUGUUGUGGUGGAAGAAGAGAUGAAGGUGCUAGUGUGUGAGGAGCGCGUGCUGGAAGGAAAAAGUCGUCUGAUAGGAAAAGGAUCAUACGUCAACAAUGUUCUGCCUGGGGAUUGGCCAGCGGGAAUCUGUACCAAAGGACACAAACGCGACGCACGCGACCGGUUCGGGAGACAGCAAUGCGCCCAUACAAGAUACGAUUCGAAAGUAUUAGGAUUAGUCAAACUGAUCCUGAGGGGUCGAUACGCAGGACUCACGGUGCAAGGGGCAUGGAAAUGGAGUCCGUCCGUAAUCACUUCCACUGUGCUUGGGGUGUACACCGUAUACGCUAAACUAAUCCGAGCACAGAGCGCAAAAAGAAGGGAGCGAAGGGCCCAGGGCGAGGAAGGGAGCCUUGCCAUUGCUGUGUCCAGUAGCUUUGUUCUUUGCUUGCCACCGUCAGGAAGUGGUAGACUCGACAGCCAAAGAAACGUUAUGGAGGUAGGAGAUAUUAAAGGCGCUCUCAAAGAUUCCGAAAAUCAAAUUCCAUCCUGACAGUGGCAGAUCCCCGCGAACAAACUCCCGUGUUACAUAACGAAAGAAGAUAGCACUUAGUCAAAUUCGGUUCAUUGUUGAACACUACGAACAAAGCAGCAGCCCUCUUUGUAAAGGAGUCUAUGUCGUUGACAGAAAAGUUGGUCCGCCAGCAAGUUCAAUAGACCAGAACUCUUGAGCAAGGAACGAGUGCCAGAGCAAGUGCCAUGAGCCGGCCCCUUUCGGCGGACGGAUGAAUCAUGAUGGGAUGUCAAUGGAUGGUUUAAUUUAAGUAGUACGUAACCGUGCCUGUCGGAUAUCAUAUACGACGCCGCCGCCGUGCUAUCAGUGAAUCAAAUGAUGUCAACUUUGAACUUGAGCGUGUGGGAUGGUGUUCACUGGGAGACCGUUCAGAACGGAGCAACACUAUAAACUUUAAAGGCAAUGAGAAUGAAUCGCUGCACCAGAGAAAACUGAUAGCAAGGGGAAAGCGAGAGUCU